AUGAACCUACGAACAAAAACGUUACUAAUCAUCUCCCAAAAUUACCAUUUCACCCUCCCCACCCCUACAUAAAAAUCUCAGUCAAGCUCAGCGCCCCCAAAAGACAAACCCCAUAAAAGUUCCUCUCUUUCUCUCCCUCGAAAGCCCACCAAUUUCGGCCAAUGGCGACGACGGUCCCCGACAACCUAAGCCGCGACCAAUACGUUUACUUGGCAAAGCUAGCCGAACAAGCCGAACGCUACGAGGAGAUGGUCCAGUUCAUGCAAAAGCUCGUCCUCGGCUCAACUCCAGCCGCCGAACUAACCGUAGAGGAACGAAACCUUCUCUCCGUCGCUUAUAAAAACGUGAUCGGCUCUCUACGUGCCGCGUGGCGAAUCAUUUCCUCAAUCGAGCAGAAAGAAGAAGGUCGGAAGAACGAGGAACAUGUCGUCCUCGUUAAGGAGUAUAGAUCGAAGAUCGAAACUGAGUUGUCGGACGUUUGCGCCAAUAUCUUGACCUUGUUGGAAUCGAAUCUGAUUCAGUCUGCGGCGGCGAGUGAGUCGAAGGUUUUCUAUUUGAAGAUGAAAGGAGAUUAUUAUCGGUAUUUAGCGGAGUUUAAGGUGGGUGAUGAGAGGAAAGCUGCUGCUGAGGAUACUAUGUUGUCUUACAAGGCUGCUCAGGAUAUUGCGCUGGUGGAUCUAGCACCAACGCACCCGAUCAGGCUGGGGCUGGCACUGAAUUUCUCGGUGUUCUAUUAUGAGAUUCUCAAUCAGACUGAUAAGGCCUGUAGCAUGGCUAAACAGAUAUUCAUUAAAUAUCACUUGUUUUUAAAAAGGCAUUUGAGGAAGCCAUUGCUGAGCUUGACACACUGGGAGAAGAGUCAUACAAGGACAGCACUCUCAUUAUGCAACUUCUAAGGGAUAACCUUACUCUCUGGACUUCGGAUGUGCAGGACCAGUUAGAUGAGCCGUAGAAGGUGUUGUAAACCGUGUUGGUCCUAUUCUUCUUCUGGAGGAGGUGGGCUUUGAAUGUCAUUUGUUUAUGUUGAUUGAAGUGUGUAAUUUAAAAAUGGGAAGCAAGCCAUGGUACAAUGUCGCUAUACUCCCGACUAAAACUUGUUUUUGGAAUAUAGAAGUGCUUUCGAUAGGUAGCAUUUGGCAACGACUUGGUAUCUUUACUGCACAUUACUUAUUCCUAGUUGUGGUUUACAUCAUCACUUUGCUUUUGAAGAUGGCAAAGAAAAAUGGAUAUGGUACUUUGGUAAAUUUUGCGUUAAUGAGCAGGUGAAAGGGGAUUUUAUUUUCUUUUGACAAGGG